AAUACCUUUUUUUAACAAGUUUAAUAGAAUUUUAAAUUGAAAUUUAUUAUUUUGAAUAUUAACGAAGCCCAAACAAUCGUAAAUGAACUAUUAAUUAUUCAAUAACAACAAAGGAAUCAAGUGACUCGAGGAAAGGUGGUUGUUUUUGUAGUCUGUGACAAGCGAACAGAAAUAAUAAAAACUACGCAAAAAUAUAUUAGGGUUUAAAAUUGAUUGUUCUUAGAAAACUUUCAGAAAUUAUUGGAACAUUGAACUGAUUUAUUAAGAAGUCCUGUUCGAAUUGCUUUUGUACUAUAGCGCUUUAGAGUAGCUUUAAAAACGUACUGAAACCAAAAUUAUGGUGGAGCCUAUAUUUGAUUACCAGUUUCGGCUAAUCUUAAUUGGGGACAGUACUGUGGGCAAAAGUUCACUGCUCAAAUUCUUCACAGAUGGCAAAUUUGCCGAGCUUUCUGAUCCUACAGUAGGAGUGGAUUUCUUUGCCCGUCUCAUUGAAAUGAAAGAUGGUACACAAAUUAAACUACAACUUUGGGAUACAGCCGGUCAAGAACGCUUUCGUUCUAUUACCAAGUCCUACUAUCGCAAUUCGGUGGGAGUGCUGUUAGUGUACGACAUAUCUAACCACGCCAGUUUUGAACACAUCCCUCUUUGGAUGAUGGAAGCUCAGAGGCAUAUUGAGCCGCAUCAUCCUGUAUUUGCAUUAGUGGGCUGCAAAUUAGAUCUUGUCAAUGCUGGUGGCCAUAGAGAAGUUUCUUACGAAGACGCUCAGGCAUUUGCUAAAAAGCACGGUCUACACUUCGUUGAAACAUCUGCCCGCACCGGCUAUAAUGUUGAGGAAGCAUUUCGCGUAGUUACACAGGCAGUUUAUUCCCGUAUACGUUCGGGUGAAUACAAAGUGGAAGAUGGUUGGGACGGUAUCAAGACUGGUUUCGCUCGGCCAAAUAGCCUUGAUUUUAAUUUAGUUGUAGCCGAGCCAGAAAAAUCAUCUUGUUGUUGAUUCAUUACAAUUGUUUGUAUUCGAAUUCUUUUUUACUAAUACGAAAUACAACUUCAGAACUAACUUUCAUAGAUAUAUUAAAUAAUAUUUAAUCUGUCUUCUUUUUUUUUUUUUUUUUUUUUAAGGUACACGCCCAUUAAGCGUAAUAUUAAGAAACUUUUAAUUUUAAAGGAUUUAUGUUUAAUUUUAUUCGUUAAGUUUUUAUUUCGUUCAAAAUUUCAUACGUAAUAAGUUCUUUUAUAACUAAUUAAUUAAUUUAAAAACUGAAAAAUAAUGCUAAUAUACAAAUUGAAUUUUGGACGA